CUCAAUUAACGUGACACUUGUCAGGUGGUUGCUUUUAUUGUUUUGACUUUGACUCUAAAAUGGGUUCUCAACAGAGUUCCCAGUUUCAGGAUUAUUUUUCCGAGAUAAUCUCGGAUGAACCUAUCCUGACAUUACUGACUGAAGAGAUCCAUACUCUGACGUAUGAGAAGUUCUUGACUAUACUUGGCGAGCUGAAUCAACUGUCAAAGCAGCGUUUAGAUUCAGAAGGUAAACAGUUGGUUUUUGCCGUAAAGAAAGGGACUGAUUCCACAGUAUUUUGGAAAGCCACUGUACAAAUAGCUUGUGUAAAAAUUGACUCGAGUACUCAGAAAGUGAGUACGUAUAGGUUGUUGAAUCUGUAUGAAUUUUUAAAAGUUUUUAAGACAUUGAAGUGUCAGUCUUCUGCAGAAGAACAAAGUCGGAGGUUUCCUUGUUUUAGUGGUGUUAAACAACAAAUAACAGUAUCACAAGUAUUAAAUAACAUCUCAGACCACCCAACUGAAAAUGCAAAAGAAUGCUGUAUUUGUCUAGAAAGGAAACAUGAGGUUAUAUUGCCAUGUAUGCACAGUUACUGUUUGCCAUGUAUUGAAGAAUGGAAUGCUUCCCAUAAUACCUGUCCCAUUUGUCGUGAAAAAUUGGAGAGCACUGAUGACACAUGGGUAAUAUCAGAAGUCCCUGAAGCUGAAGAAAUCAGUAAAGAAAUUAAAUCAAACUUGAUGGAACUUGCUGAGGAGAAACAGUCUCCAUGCUUACCUUCAUAAUAGUUAAUAGCAACUUUUACAGUGUUCAAUUGUUAUGACAAAGUAGACUCUAGCAGAUAAUCGAUUUUUGAACAAAAAAUAUUGUGAUUUAUUUAUGUUACAAAAUUCAUUUGGAAAACUUAGUUUUAUAUAGAUAUGUAGUUGAAAUUGCCAGAAUUUUAUCUUAUGUUGAUAUAUUCAAAUUUACAUUUUUUAGUUUUUAACUUUAGGCGUUGAUGGUCAAUCCUAUUUAAAUGUUA